AUGCCUCCACCACCUCCUCCUCGAGCCGCUGCACCUCAGCCUGUCCCAGUAGGUGCAGUUCAUCCAGAUUUGCAUGUGCCUCCAUAUGCCCCAUACGCGAGAUAUACAGUGGAGGAUUUGCUCGCCCAGCCUGAACGAGAGGGCUUGGAUGUUCUGGAUCCCGAUAGACCACCAAGAACUUAUUGGUUUGGGGCCAACGACUGUGUUGGCCGGAGCGUGUCAGAGACGAUCAAGGGCUACUAUGACAAAGCCUACCCGAAUUGGAGCAAGACUCCAGACCACCAAAGGUGGCACUGGGCCAUGAGAAUCACCAAGAGGGUGAAGAGGGAGUUUGUUGCAAAGGCAAAGACCCGUCUUUCCAACACUGUUUCCGAUUGGAAGGACAAGUGGGAGAUCUACAAUUAUGACGGAAAGCCCAACGAGCUCACGAAGGAAAGCUCACUAAGGAAGUAUGGGAUGAUCUCAUCGCAUAUUGGAUCCGUAAGGCCAACUCGUGCUCCGCUUCCCGAAGAACGAAGGACAAAGAUGGUCAUUUGCCCAUGGCUCACAGAACCGGACAAAAACCUCACGCCGGAAUCCGUCUAG